AUGCAUUUUAAGAAGUAAGGUAGUAUUAAAAUUUAUCAAUAGAUUUAAUCAAAUCGCAAAUUAUGUAGUUAAUUAAUCAUUUAGGAACGAGUUCAUGGAUCCAUCCACUUAACCCCUUUUUGUUUAUUAUUAUAAAAAAAUCAAAAAAGAAUUAACAUAGAGGAAAACCUUUUCUUUAUGGAAAGCAUUAAAAAAAGUAGAAUAUACAUUUUAACUUAAACUACAAUAAAAUGAAAAUUAAUUCCAAUAAAAAUUUAUUUUUUAAUUAAAUGUAUAAACCAAAAAUGAUAGAAAAUCAAUAAGAUUUUUGUUGCUCUAAAGGACAUAAGCUACCAGUUGUUACAAUUGCACUUGAUCCAAAAUUAUCUAGAAAUCAGAGACUUAUGUGCACAGAAUGUUUAGAAAAUACAUACAUAGAUUAUAAAGUGGUUGGAUUAAAGAAAGUUAUUUAAGAAAUUGAAGAAAAAUGGAUAAAGAAGAUGGAAACAGUAGAAAAUAUCAUGUAGAACUAAUUCAAAUUAAUUGAAUCAUUAAAUAAUAUUGUUGUACAAAUGAAAUCACAUUUACUCUAAUAAUUAGACUAAUUGAUUGCUAUAAUAAUUGAAUGGAUUAAAAAUCUAAAAUAACAACGAUCAUCUUAUACUCAAUAUAGUUUUUUCGAAGAAUUCGAAAUUAUAUUUUUAAAUUAGAAUAAAGUUGAUACUACAUUAUAAAUUUAAGAAAUUUAAAAAACCAAUUUUUCUUGGAGUUCAAAAUUUAAUUCCAAAAUAAAAUAAUUUAAUUCAUUUGUUGGAUAUGAUAAAUGUAUGGAACUUUUAGUGUGUUUAGAAUUAGGUUCUUAGAAAUUUACUCUUAAUGAUUAAUAAGAAUAAAUUAAUAUAUAAAAUAAAAAUUAAGAAAUAGAAUCAUUGAAUACUAAAAUAAAAAUACCAUCAUCAGAAAUUAUUUAAUCUAGUCAUCAAUCGAAUUUCAAAUCUUUCAAUUAUUAAAUAGUUGAAGAAUGUUAAUUUUCAUAAAGUGAAUUAUGUUUUGCUUUAGCUAUCGAUAAAGAUUGUUCAACAUUAGUGGCUGGAUGUGAAUCUCUAAUAAAAGUAUUUGAAUUCAACAAAGGAAUUAUCAAGCAAAUUUAAACUUUAACUAAACAUAAGGAUUCGGUCUUUACUUUAAAUUUCAUGUAGAAAUCUAAAUAAUUUAUAUCUGGAAGUCGUGAUAAAUCUAUAAUAAUAUGGAAAUAUUAAAAAAAUUUAUGGAGUUAUUAAUAAAUAUUAAAUGGACAUAAUAAUUCGAUCUAAUGUUUGGUAGUAAAUAAUAAUGAAGAUCUAAUUAUAUCAGGGAGUGAAGAUAAAACGAUUAAAUUUUGGAUAAAAAAGAAUGAAUGGAUGUGUUAAUAAACAAUAGAUGAUCAUUCUAAUCGCAUAUUAGGAUUAAGUUUAAAUUAAUAAUAAAAUAGAGUUGUCUCAUGUGGAAAUGAUUAAAAUAUAAUAAUAAUAGAAUAAUUAGGAUAGAAUACAGAGUGGAAAGUAAUAUAAAAGAUUAAAACUGAAUAGUAUGGAUAUCGAGUAUGUAUGUUUUAUAGAUAAUAAUAUGUUCACAUUCUCAUAAAGAGAUAAAGAAUAGAUAUCUGUUUUUGAGAUGAACCCUAACAAUAAAUAGUUUACCAAGACUAGAGAUAUUACAAUAAAAUGUGGAAAAGAUAAUUUUUCAAGAUUUCCUUAGUAAUAUAUAAAUUCAAAAUGUAUUCUUGUGAGUAAGAAUGGAGAAUAUGUUAAUUUGAUAAGGAAAUAAUAAAAUGGAGAGUUUCGAACUGAAUAGUCUAUUCAUUUUGGAAUUAAUUGUUUAUAUGGAGUAAUGAGUGAUGAUGGAGAGUAUUUGAUCACUUGGGAUGAUAAAUCAAAUAUAAUACAGAUUAGGAGAUAUAAAGAGUAAUGA